CUCUUAAACCACAUCAAAACCCCCAAAGAAAAGGCCAAUGGAGGGCUCUAUCAACAUUCUCUCACUAUCCCUUCUCUUAAUUUUCUCUCUAGCCCAAGGGGGUUUAACCAAUCCCAAAUGUGCCGAGUUUCACCAAGACAACAAAGGCUCAACACUACAAGUCAUACAUGUAAACAGCCCUUGCUCUCCUUUUAAACAACAAAAACAAUCAUGGGUGGACAGUGUCCUUCAAAUGCAGUCAAAGGAUACAACAAGGUUGCAGUUCUUGUCUAGCCUUGUGGCUGGUAGAUCUUUUGUCCCUAUUGCAUCUGGAAGACAAAUUCUACAAACCCCAACUUACAUUGUUAAGGCCAAGAUUGGAACCCCACCUCAGACAUUGAUGGUGGCUCUAGAUAAUAGUAAUGAUAUUGCUUGGUUCCCCUGCAGUGGUUGUGUUGGUUGCUCCUCUAGCACUGUUUUUGCCCCCGCCAAGUCCACCACUUUCAAGAAUGUUAGCUGUGAACGUGCUGUUUGCAGCCAGGUACCAAACCGCAAUUGCGACGCCGCAACUUGCACCUACAACCUAACCUACGGCGGUUCCAGCAUAAGUGGAAGCCUCUCAGUAGACACAUUGUCACUCGCCAAAGACCCCGUGUCCGAAUUCUACUAUGGUUGUGUCCUAAAGGCCACUGGCAAAUCAGCUCCACCUCAGGGUCUAUUAGGUCUGGGCCGUGGCCCAUUAUCAUUCUUGUCCCAAUCCCAGAGCCUCUACCACUCCACAUUCUCCUAUUGUUUGCCCAGUUACAAGUCUCCCAACUUUUCUGGCACGCUUAGGUUGGGCCCAAAUGGUCAGCCCCAAAGGAUUAAGACAACCCCAUUGUUAACAAACCCAAGGAGAUCAUCCCUUUACUAUGUCAACUUGGUUGGAGUUAAAGUCGGAAAGCGAAUCGUCGAUAUCCCUCCAAGUGCUUUGGCUUUCAACCCUUCCACCGGUGCCGGCACCAUAAUUGAUUCUGGCACGGUAUUCACAAGGCUAACAGAGCCAGCAUACACAGCAGUAAGGAACGAGUUCAGGAGGAGAAUGGGUAGGAAGACGCCAGUAACAUCACUUGGCGGAUUCGACACCUGUUACACCGUCCCCGUGACUAUUCCAACAAUAACACUAAUGUUCGCCGGCAUGAACGUAACAUUACCACAAGACAACUUCCUUAUCAAGAGCAGCUCUAGCAGUACAACUUGCUUAGCUAUGGCUGCUUCACCUUCAGACCCUGUCAACUCUGUACUCAAUGUUAUCGCCAGCUGGCAACAACAGAAUCAUCGAUUUCUGUUUGAUGUUCCAAGUAAUAAGCUUGGUGUUGCACGUGAAACCUGUAGCUGAACAAUUACUACUGCUACUUAAGUUGGAUUUUUCUUUGUUAAGUUAAAAUCAUUUGAUGGGACCUUAUUUUUCUGUUUUUUUUUUCUUUAUUUCUUUUUUCUCGUGUUUUUGAAUUGGGGAAUGAAUUAUUAGAAGAUUGUUUCACGGUUUGGCA